CCUGCCACUCAGACUGUGUUGUUCCAGUCCUCCAUGCGACAUUGAGGAGGCAUGUCAACCAUGAUAGGCUCACUAUAUCCGGAACCUUCAGGAUCUCAGGCCGAAUCUCGUUCACCUGGCAUGUGCCACCAGCAAGGUUUUCAACUACGUCUGUAUAAAUGCAGCAGUUUGAAUAGAUAACCUGAUAAAGUGUUAUGUUUUGUAGGUGGGUACAUGUGUUGUGUGCCGUGGCAGUGAUGGAGGCACGCUUUGUCAACAUUACUGAGAGAAGUCCUGUGGAUCUGAGUGGAAUCCCUCUGCAGAGAUUUAAACUUAAAUGUUACUACUGUAAGAAGCGAGUGAAAAAGGCCUCUGGUUGCUGUGUGCAAUGCUCUCAUGGUCGCUGUCCCACUGCAUACCACCCAACAUGUGCCCAGGCUGCUGGGGUACUGAUGCAGCCUGAUGAUUGGCCCUUGUGUGUCCAUGUGACCUGCUGUCGGCACAAAGGCCCUGCUCAGAUUGAGCGCAAUAAGGCAGCUAUGCAUGAGCUUACGGUGGGUCAGAAAGUCAUCUGCAAGCACAAGAAUGGCCGCUACUAUCAGUGUGAUGUAGUGCAGCUGUCGAAAGAGACCUUUUAUGAAGUAAACUUUGAUGAUGGUUCCUUCAGUGAUAACCUCUUCCCAGAGGAUAUUGUGAAUCGAGACUGCGCUCAGCUUGGUCCCCCACCGCAGGGUGAAGUUGUUCAGGUGCGAUGGACAGAUGGACUGGUGUACGGGGCCAAAUUUGUGGCUGCUCAUGUUAUUCAAAUGUACUUGGUGGAAUUUGAAGAUGGCUCACAGCUAACAGCCAAGAGAAAUGAUGUCUACAGUCUGGAUGAAGAACUUCCCAAGAGAGUCAAAUCCAGACUGUCUAAAGCAUCAGACAUGAGGUUUGAUGGAAUUUUUGAAGACAAUGAGAUAAUCCAGGAGUCUAAGAGGCAACGAGUGAUCAACUCACGCUACAGGGGGGACUACAUAGAGCCUGUGAUUUACAGAGCCAUCAUGGAGUAGACCCUCACUGCUGGUCAGCCCAGCUUACACACCAGCAGCACCAUUUGACUGAAAUGUUUUCAUGCACCUUAACUUUGCAGCUAGUCUCAGACAAUGUAGCAGAGGAUGGCUUCUUCAGGACCUGCAUGGACUGCUUUCAAAUUCUAACACUUAGUUUCCUUUGCUGGAGUUUGAGGUGAAACAAAAGCUUUUUCUCAUUAGAUUUUUGUAAAGAACUUCAAACAACAAUGGUAACUCGCUAACUCCAAGCACUAGCAUCUCUUUAAAGCCACAUAACAAAUAGCACUGACUAAAUUGUGGAAUUGAAGAUAAACCAGGAGUUGGUGCUGGAAUGUGAAACCAGUGGUUGUACCAAUAGUGUUAAACAACUAGGAUUCAUUUCACAGCCCUUGAGAUGGAACUGAGCAUGCUUAUUAGGAUCAACUUGUUCCUGAUUUAUUUUAGCUUUAACUUUCAAUGGCUGUAAAUACGUUUAACAUCCAGCAUCAUUGGAAUAUUUUCAUCCUUGCCUGCUCCAGAACACACACAUACGCAAUCUAUUAUUCUGAGCUUUUGUUUGACUUCCAGUUCUUUAGCCUUUGUGCCACUGAAACUGAACCAAAAACAGAGGCGAACUUGAUUCAGGAAUAUCUUAAACAUUUCUGGAGAAAUUUCUUUCCCCUGACUUGUGGACAACAUGUGCAACUGCAAGAAGUGUUAAACCUUGUGCUCGGCAGCUUCCAGGCAGGACUGAAACGCUGCCGUUCUAAAUCCAGCUUUCUUUACUUGUGUACUGUGACAAUCAGCGAGGUUCACACCUCUGGAGAAGUAAUCAGGCAACACUUUUACCACAUGUCUGGUAAUUCAUCCUAAAGCUUGUGUAGUUGCUGCUUUUGGUUGUCUCUAUUUUAAGAGCAACAAACCUACCCCCCCCCCCCCUCCUCAGUCACAUCAGCCACCCAGGAUUAAAAUCAUUUUACACACACACCCACACAGUCAUACAUCACAGUUCAGUUGUCAGCCCUGGGUUCAGUGUCUUGUCCAUGGACAUCUGAACCAGGCAACCUCUGUUAAUAAGGUGGGUUUAAAAAUCCAGAUCCCACAUAUUUUCUCACAAUUUAUGAAACGUAAAAAAAGUAGACAAAAUAUUUUUUUAUUGUAGAGGAUUCAUAAAAGUUUUAAACUAAGUUGGCAUUCAUUAUCUAGUAUACAUUUGAAGUUCAGUCUCUGUUUACUGGUCUGAGUCUGAUGGUCUGUGGACUUGUCUCUGCUUUCAGAGGAUUAAAGGGUUGCCUUGAUCAAAUCAGGCUGCCUGUCAGCAUCAUUCUUCACUGUCUGACUGGGAUCCUUAGAGAAAUCCUCCUCCUAAAAAGAAAAA